AUGACGAGCAAUUAUAACAAGUAUAUAAAUUUUCGUGCUUGGAUGUACAAGAGGAUUGAUGAAGAAACGGGGAAUUUCUCGAGAGAGUUUGUCGCGGGGGUAGAAGAAUUCAUGACGUUUGCAAAUAGUCAGGAAUUAACGCAGAGCAAUGGUGGUAAGUUCUUUUGCCCUUGUAGUAUUUGCAGAAACGAAAAAUUUCUCUCGGGGCAAAAAAUCUUGAAACAUAUAUAUAGUAGAGGAUUUAUGGAAGAUUAUUAUGUUUGGUACAACCAUGGAGAAGAAAUCGACAUGGGAUUAGGAACGAGUUAUGUUGAUCCGACGCAUUUAAGUGGUAGUGAAGAAGUUGGUAAUUUAGUAGAAGAUAGAUAUGUGGAAAUGGUGAAUGAUGCAUUUCGUGAUAAUUUGAAUUAUGAUAAUUAUCAACAGGAUGAUAGUUAUCAAAAUGUUGUAGAUCCGGUUUCGAACCAUUCAAAAAAAUUCUACGAUUUGUUAGAAGGAGCAAAAAAUCCUUUGUAUGAUGGUUGUCACGAAGGUCACUCGCAGUUAUCCUUAGCUGCUCGAGUUUUGCAAAAUAAAACAGAUUAUAAUAUGAGUGAAAAAUGUGUGGAUUCGGUAUGCCAAAUGUUAUCAGACUAUUUACCACCUGGAAACCAAUCAACCGCUUCACAUUACGAGACAGAAAGGUUGAUGCGCAAUUUGGGCCUCCCCUACCACACAAUUGAGGUCUCUGUUAACAAUUGUAUGAUCUUCUGGAAAGAAGAUGAAAGAUGGGAUAAAUGUCGAUUUUGUGAUGCACCAAGAUGGAAGCCUAGAAAUGAACGGCGUAGGACAAAAGUACCAUAUAGUCGUAUGUGGUAUCUACCUAUUGAUGACAGAUUGAAGAGAAUGUACCAGAGCAAGAAGACUGCAUCAGCAAUGAGAUGGCAUGCAGAGCACCAAGCAAAGGAGGGUGAAAUGUGUCAUCCGUUAGAUGCGGCGGAUUGGAAAUACUUUCAAGAUCAACAUCCCCGUUUUGCAGAAGAACCUCGUAAUGUUUAUCUUGGCUUAUGUACGGAUGGCUUCAAUCCAUUUGGAAUGUCUAAUAAUCAUUCGUUGUGGCCAGUGAUCAUGACUCCAUAUAAUCUACCCCCUGGUGAACAAGUUUAUUCGGAGCAGUUAAAUGGUGUCAAUCCACCAAAAACAUCUAAGUGCGGUGGAAAUGGUCAUGACAAGAAGAAACCUGGAUAUGGGAAACACCAUAAUUGGCACAAGGAAAGCAUAUUCUGGGAGCUGCCGUACUGGAGGGACCUCAAUCUUCGACAUAAUCUUGAUGUGAUGCAUAUUGAGAAGAAUUUUUUUGACAACAUCAUGAAUACUCUUAUGAAUGUGAAGGGUAAGUCGAAAGACACAAUCAAGUCAAGAUUGGAUAUAUCACUUUUCUGUGAUAGAGAACAUUUACAUGUUGAUAGCAAUGGGCAAGCUCCUUUCCCUCCCUACACAUUGGAUAAGAACGCAAGAACAAGUUUAUUGGAAUGUGUGAAACAUUCGGUUAAAUUCCCAGAUGGUUAUGCUUCAGACCUAGCUAGGUGUGUUGAUCUUGAGAAUGGCAAGUUUUCAGGCAUGAAGAGUCAUGACUGCCAUGUUUUUAUGGAGAGGCUACUUCCAUUUAUAUUUGCAGAACUCCUAGACCAAAACGUCCAUCUUGCGUUAUCAGGUAGUAAUUUUUUUGUUUUUUGA